UAUGGCAUGAUACACUGAAGAGUUACACAUACCCGAGUUACAGCUAGCGACAUGGCAGGGAAACAGCGAUUAACUGUAAUCAAGGAACACAUCAAAUCAGACACACAUCCAUCUGCACGGACAGACGAGUUACAGAUUUGCUGUAACGAUUGCAGUUCAAGAGAUGACGGCCGAGUUACGUUCCAGUCGGAGGCACCCACCAUUCCAAAACGCCGGCAAGAAAUACUAAAAUGGAAUGGUUGGGGUUACAAAGAUUCAAAAUUUAACCUCAAUAAGGAUGGCCAAGUAGAGUUUAGUGGAGAAAGGUAUCGACUUAGUGGACAGGUAAUGCCACAACUUCGAGAUUGGAUGAUGGCGACAGUAGGCAUUAGUUUGGACCACAAAACACCUGCUCAGCCAGAACUCACAGCAAAAGACAUUCCAGCACCAGUUAGGAAUGAAGACUUCAUAUCCGAGCUACGGAAGAAAGGAGUAGCCUUCACUGAUGAUUGUCAGGACAGACUUUUCCGAGCUCACGGUCACACAUUGCAUGAAGUGUUUGUCCUUAGGGAAGGGAUAUUCAAACGCAUUCCAGACCUCGUAGUGUGGCCGAAUUCCCAUAAUGACUGUGUUAAAGUGGUCAACUUGGCAUGUCAACAUAAUGUUGUGCUCAUCCCAUUUGGUGGGGGCACCACUGUGUCUGGAGCUGUCGAAUGUCCAGAGGGAGAAACCAGAAUGAUAGUAUCCUUGGAUACAUCACAGAUGAACAAGAUCCUGUGGGUAGAUGAGAAGAACUUGAUAGCCAAAUGUGAAGCAGGGAUCAUAGGUCAAGACCUGGAACGGCGGCUAGCCGAGAAAGGGUUCUGUACAGGUCAUGAACCUGACUCCAUGGAGUUCAGCUCCCUAGGGGGCUGGGUAGCUACCCGAGCUUCUGGCAUGAAGAAGAACAUCUAUGGCAACAUAGAGGAUUUAAUUGUACACAUUAAGUUUGUGACUCCUAAGGGUGUCAUGGAGAAAAGUUGUCAAGUACCACGAAUAUCAUCAGGACCAGACAUUCACCACUUCAUUAUGGGGUCAGAAGGUACACUUGGCGUGGUCACUGAAGUAGCUAUCAAAGUGAGACCUCUACCAGAAUGUAAGAAAUAUGGGUCCAUCGUGUUUCCAGGGUUUGAGAAUGGAGUGGCAUGUCUGAGAGAGGUUGCUAAGCAGAGAUGUGCCCCAGCCUCCAUCAGGCUUAUGGACAACCAACAGUUCCAGUUUGGUCAUGCCCUGAAGCCAGAGAGUGGAUCCAUGCUGACAAGCUUUGUUGACGGAAUUAAGAAAUUUUAUAUUACCAAGCUGAAGGGAUUUGAUCCGCAGAAGCUCAGUGUUGCAACUCUUCUGUUUGAAGGUACCCAACAGGAAGUGGCUGCACAAGAAAAGAGAGUGUAUGAAAUUGCAUCAAAAUUCGGAGGUCUAGCCGCAGGAGCUGACAAUGGAGAGAGGGGCUACAUGUUGACAUUUGUUAUAGCUUAUCUCAGGGAUCUUGGGUUUGAGUACUACAUUGUAGCAGAGUCAUUCGAGACAUCAGUGCCAUGGGACAGAUGUCUGGACCUGUGUAACAACGUAAAGGACCGACUAGAUCGAGAGUGUAAAAAGCGAGGAAUCCAGUUUCCACCUUACAUCACCUGUCGAGUCACGCAGACAUAUGAUGCUGGCGCCUGUGUAUAUUUUUACUUUGGUUUCAACUACCGUGGUCUGUCAAACCCUGUACAGAUAUAUGAAGACAUCGAGAACUGUGCCAGAGAGGAGAUCCUUGCCAAUGGUGGAAGUAUAUCCCAUCACCAUGGAGUGGGUAAGCUGAGGAAACGGUACUUGAAGCAGACAGUUGGGGAUAUAGGCCUUGGUUCAAUGCGUGCUAUCAAGAAUUUCAUUGACCCUGAAAAUAUCUUCGGAAAUGACAACCUAAUGAUUGGAGAACCUAAGUUAUAGAACAAUACUUUUAGUAUAACAUGCAGUACAGCAGCCAUUUUUCUCAGAAAAUUUAGCUUAACUUUAUUCUUAACUGUAAAUAUUACUAGCUGAGCAUAAUUUUAUCAUCAGAAUCCAGUUGUAAUUGUUACGUCUGUUAUCACAUCAUGACGAAUCAUGAUAGCUAUUGUGUGAGCAUUUCAAUACAGUUUUGACUGUGAAAUAAAAGGUUUCAUGAUUAAAGAAAAUAACUAUUUUUCUAGUGUUAAAAGAAACAUUUAACAUUAACCAAUCAAAUGUAAGGAUGAAUUUUAACCAAUCAAAUGUAAGGAUGAAUUUGAAAUAGAGAUGACAUAAUCAGCUGUGAUGACAUCAUCAGAUUAUCUGAUUGUAAAUCACAGAAUGUAUCAUUAUUCAUUUGUUGAACAUUAUGAGUAUGAGUAGAUAUUGAUGAUGAUAUAUUUCCACCCAUGGACUAUAACUAGUAUUCACAGGAAAUGUGAUAAGCCUGUCUGGUUUUACUACCCAUCUCAGCCAUUGGCUUUGAUACCAACUGAGAAAACUUUUAUAUGAUUUAAAGGACACAGACUCAAGAGUAUCUGGAAUACUGCACUUUUUAUAUAAAUUGGCAUAGAUGAAAUGUUUCUUACCCCCCCCCCCCCCCCCCCCCCUUUUUUUUUUUUCUUUUUUUAAUUAUUCAGUUUACUUACCCAUUCCCAAUUUAAAUGAGGUAUUGUGGGGUAAAAAUUGACUUUAUGGUAAAUGUUGCAAUGUCAGCGUUGUAUUGCACUACGUUGUGUGUAAAUUUAAAUUAAGUUAUUUCAUUAAUUGUCUUGUUUAAAUGAAUACGAGAGGAAACAUUCCUAGGAACAAUGUAUAGUUAGCAUAAUAUAGUCUAUUAUAAUUAGAACUAUGCCAGUAAAAUAUACAUCCCGCAGGAGGACUCACGAAGAAAAGAAAUUUUACAGGUAUACAAUGUACCUGGUAGGUGCUGUGGAGAAGAUGCAGUUUAUUAUAUGGUACAUUUCGCAUUGAAUCAUUUCUAUGGGUGGUCACUGUUUGACAUACCUGGAGUCCUCCUGUUGGGUAGGUAUUUUUUUUCUGGAAUAGCCUGUAGUAUAUUGUGUAUUCAUUUUUUUUGCCUGUUAGAAGAGGUUAAUAUACUGUUGUAGUAAAGACCGUAGUAAGGGUAUAUAGCCACUGUCUUGGUACAACACACCAGCAUGUCGUUUGUGGUGAAAUGUGCCUUUCAAAUAGGAAUACUCUUGUGGUAUUUAAGUGAUAAAAGUGUGAAAUGUUGUGUUGUAUUGUGUCUUUAUUUAAAUGAAUUACACAAAUCAUGGGACAAUUUUGCCCUCCUUAGCUUCCUAUACUCUUAAGCAUUGCUAACACUUGGUGUUUGAAUGUAGAGAGAAGAGAUGUUCUUAAUAUUUUUUUUAUUUAUAGCACAUUAGUUCUUAUGUAUCUUUUAUAUAUUACUUUCGUAUGGUUUCAUUUUUGAUUGGGUGCGAGUGCGUCUGGGCGUCUGGGACAAGUGUUAUAACAUGCAUUGUUAUUUGUGAGUUAAUGUUUUUACUGAAACUCAUGAAAUCCACAUUCUCUAAAUAAUUACGUCCUCGUUCUAUGUUCUCGUUUUCUUCCCAUCACUUAGUUAUGGGACACUGUGCAUUAAUGUAGUACUUUUGUUGAGAAUUUUGUCUGAAAUGAACUUGAUACAAAUGAUUAUUAGUAAUCUAAUCCAUGACUUCCCAUUCUGAUCACUGUUCGUAUACGACUAUAAACUCGUAAAAUCCAGUCAGUCCAUUAUUUUUUUUUUAUUCCAUAUGAUAUAUGAAAACUUUGCGGCAUUGUUCCCUGUGUAUAUCUCAAUUUGAAAUGUCACAAGGUCCUUUUAGUCGUCAUUGGGUUAUACUUACUAACAAGUGUUUGCACACUAGACACAAGAAGUUUGUAAAGACAAAUAUUUUUUUUUGACGUAUUUAAUACCUGUAUGUAGCAGUGAAAGGCAAAUAUAUCAAUUGCAACUUUCACAUUAAAUGAUAAAAAAUGAUUAUUGAUAAUAAAUUGACUCAAUUAA